UACAGUUAUUAACCCUCCGUCGGGCGCAACCGGCCUGACAGGCACAGCUGUCAUAUUUGUGUUCCCCCCUCCCCAGUUACGUGGCGUAGGACUUCCCCGACGUCAGUACCUUCCUACCUCCUGGUGCUGUAUACAACCCGUGUUAUUAGAGUUCGCGCGACCUUGGUGAAGAGCAGCUGUGACGAUUUUGGCCUCUCAGGCUCAUUGCGCCCGAUUACGUCCCAUUUGCGGAGGUACGUAUUUUUUGUUCUUUUUCACCUGAGUGGUAGUUUUCCUCAUUUGUGGUAUGAGUAAUGUCAAUUUUGUCAAUAAUUUGUGAAAAUAUGUAAUAUUUUGAGCUCGGCCUGUCAGGCACAUUGCGCCUGAACACGUAAUUAUCGUGGUGUUCUAUGUUUUACAUUUCAGAUUCUCCAUAAAUAUGGCGCGGAAUUACUUUGAUUUGUCUAACCCACGUCAUCUCGAAGAGAUACACGAGUUAUUGAUGUGCGCUGACGAGGAAGAUCCCAUGCUGACUGAGAAUCUGGGGGACGAGAGCGAUAUUGAUUCCCAGGAUGAGGUGGAAGAGCGCGAAGAUGACUCUGCAACCGAGCAAGAUGAUGAUAAUACUGAUGAAGAUGAAGAAGGAAAGCACAAAAACACAAGGAACGUUUAUGUAGGAAGAGAUAAUACGACCAUGUGGAACAAAAAACCACCUAAAAAAAGGCGUCGUCUGGCACCUCACAACAUCGUUACUCGCCUUCCUGGAGUAAUAGGACAUGCAAAGAAUGCAAAAACUGCUGUAGAAUGUUGGAAUGCUCUAUUCACUGAGGACAUUCUUGAUGCGAUCGUCAGAUACACGAAUCAGUACAUCGACACUGUCCAGGAACAUUUCUCAAGAGCCAGAGACAUCAGUCACACAGAUGUAACAGAAAUAAGGGCGUUUAUUGGCUUGCUGUAUCUUGCUGGAGCUUACAGAGGAAAUCGACAAAGUCUGGAGGAACUUUGGGGUACAGAAGGUGAUGGUGUUGAAAAAUUCAGCCUAGUGAUGAGCCUCAAGCGGUUUAAAAACCUGAUACGUUGUCUUCGUUUUGAUGACAGAACUACCAGAAGCCAACGGAAAGAACUUGACCGACUAGCUCCGAUUCGUGAAGUUUUCGAAAAGUUUGUUGAAAAUUGCCAAAAGAGCUAUUGCGCUGGGGAAAACGUCACAAUAGACGAAAUGCUUCCAGGUUUUCGUGGUAGGUGCGUUUUUCGCCAGUACAUACCAUCAAAACCAAACAAAUAUGGAAUAAAACAUUUCGCUCUUGUUGAUGCUAAGAUGAUAUACACACUCAACAUGGAAGUCUAUGUUGGACAACAGCCUGCAGGUCCUUUCUGUGUCAGCAACAAGCCAAGUGAAGUUGUCAAGAGGUUGGCUAAACCUGUGUUUGGAUCCGGUCGCAAUAUUACUACUGAUAAUUGGUUUACUGAUUUUGACCUCAUUGAUUAUUUGAAAACAAAGAAGCUGUCACUAGUUGGAACUGUCAGAAAAAAUAAAAGGCAAAUACCUUCAGAUUUUGUUGAUGUGAAACGAAGGGAACAACACAGCAGUUUGUUUGGUUUUAAUGAUGGGAAAGUUUUGGUUUCCUAUGUACCACGGCUGAACAAAAAUGUUAUUCUUGUGUCUUCGCUGCAUAAUGAUGAUGCCAUUGAUCCGGAAUCUGGAGACAAACAUAAACCAGAGAUAGUCUCUUUCUACAAUUCGACAAAAGGCGGGGUUGAUACUGCAGAUCAAAUGUGUGCAAGUUAUAGUGUGAGCCGAAACACAAAGCGCUGGCCAAUGGUAAUUUUCUACACAAUGUUGAAUGUGGGUGGUAUCAACUCUCAGGUUAUUUACCUUGGAAAUCAACUGGAAAAAAUGCGUAGGAGAGUGUACUUGAAGUCUCUGGCACAUCAACUUGUUCUUGGAGAACUACACAGAAGAAGUAUGAAGACGAUUGGAAUCCCCUCCAGCUUGCAAAGCCGUCUCAAGAGAUUUAUUCCCACCGAAGGCAGAGAGGAAUCACCACCUACUUCACAUCCAAAAAGACGUAGAUGCAUCACCUGUACUGCAGAAACUGGUCGCAGAAGGAUGUCAAAUUAUGAAUGUAAGAAAUGCCAAAGUGCGAUCUGCCUGCCACACGCGAAUAUGGUCUGUCAACUUUGUUUCUCUGAGCGCGAGUGUGUUGCUCCUAGUAAUUCUGAAUGAGUGUGAAAGACAGCAAAACAGGAAGAGAGACUCAAAAGUGGAGCUUGUCAGUUAAAUUCGCUGUUUAAUAUAAUUUAUGUGCUAGAAACUGUAACUGUCUGGUAAUGUUUCCUAAAUUAGUGUUCUUUGUAUUUUGUUGCUUUUAUAAUAAAUAAAUGGUUUUUUGGCAUCCAAAUUUAUAUGUUCUGUUUGUACACAUUCCAGUGAACGUGGCUAAUUAUGUUUACAGGACAAAAGUAGAAAAGAUGAAAUAAUAGCGGC